AUGCCCCUUCCAUCUUUCAACGUUGCUGUCUGGGAAGUCAUUGUGAAGAAGCUGCUGUACAUGCACAUGGAGCGUAUCCAUGAGACACGCCGAAUGCACGACUUGUGGGCCCAUCGUUUCGGCCAGCUGAGGCGCCAUGAAAGGCUCACCAUUGCCUUUGACAUUAUCAAGCUAUCGUACAUCUCGGCCCACACGUUUCACCUCGACAUGCGGUUUAUGCCACGGAACUUCCUUGCGCAUCUCCUGCCAGUGCCUGUCGACGACUGGAUGGACGACGGCCUCGUUGGGCGUGAGCUGACUGUCGCCCGCUUUUUUGCGUGGUCCUUCGCUGGCGUUUCCUGGGCCAGCAGCACGCGGUUCCUCCGCAUGGAGGACCGGGCGUUCCGGCUCUUCGUGCGCUACUUCGGCUGCGUCUACUUCACCAACUUGCGCCAGAUGCAAGCCUUCGCAGACGCCACAGCCCUGAUGCAGCGGCCCUUUGACGCUCCUGGUCAGCAUAUCCCUGACGACGACGACGACAUGCUCAUGCCCGCACGCCGUCCCUUGCUGCAGGAGCGUCCCCUGGAAGAAGACGAGGCGCAGCCUCUCGAGCUGAUGUCACUGCAGACGCGCGAUUUCAGGCUGGGGGUACUGGCCCUGCCAAGAGAACUCGACGACUUCUCUCGCCUCCACAGGGCCCUUGGCUACCCCCUGUGCAAUGAGCUGGUGGUGCUGGUGACCGAGCCCAUGCCGCGACUCCGACUCCGCAACAUCACCAACCUCGUCAUUCACGCCCAGGCGAGCAUCGACGCCGUCGAUUUUGAGAACAUCGAGCACAUCCACUGGCACGUGUCCCACGACCAGAGGCACAUUGAGGGCACCAUCCGCUUUGUCGACACCGUUGUCAUCGCACCCAACACCGCCCAACAAGGCCCAAGGGCGAACAACGCCGGCCGUGGACCCGUCCAGUUUGCCAUCCCAGCGCUUGAGAAUGUGCAACAGGUGCACAUCAAAGACCUUGACAACACCGUCAUCGACCUGCAGCCCCUCGCGCACGCCCACGACGUCAUCCUGGAAAAUGUGGACGUCAUCACCCUUGCCCCUCUCUUUGAUGUGAAAGGUUCCCUGUUCCUGCGCACCGUCAGCGCGCAGCAUCCUACUGACUCCUACGCCGUCUUCCAGUGCAGAUAUCUUAAUCUGCUGAACGUGGACUGCGUGCGUGACCACCCGGCUUUCCCCCUCGCGUCCCACGUCUGGAUCCUUGCAUGUGACGAGAUGCGGUCCGUUGGAAUUGAUUUUGACACCAUCCAAGUUCUCUACAACUGGCAUUGCGCCCACAUGGCAAACACAUUGCGCACUUACCAUCGCCGUGCCCCUGCUCAUUGA